AUGUAUCGUCUAGUGUUUACCAUCCUAGUUUUAAGUGCAGCCUGUUACUGUAACGAUUUAAAUGACACUAAAGGAAGUGCCCGCGAAGAAAAGUUCCGCAGCGCUUUAAUCGACGCUUUUCAGAACAUCAAAAAAUCUUCAGCUAAAGGUGGUAUCGAAGAUUCCGAUUUGAUCGGUUCGAUUUCAAAUUCGAGAAAUGCGAAAGUCAAUGAUGAUUCGUUCGAUUUAUUUGCGGAUGAAGAUGGUCUAACGUUCAACGAAGGUGCGACUACCGAUAAGCCUAUUUCGACAACGCAGAAGUCGCACAAUGUCCAGCAUAUUAAAACGAUUAAGAUAGAGAAAUCGACGAUUGUGCCGAAAGAUGUAGUGGAAGUGCCGACAAGUAACGAGAGGAGCAUACCAAUGAGGCUAGAACAAAAUGAAACACAUCUUCUUGGAUUAGAGAGUAUGCUGAGAGUGAUUGAUGCUCCAAUUUUGGUUGCACAGUGGAACAGAUUGCGAGAAAACGUGACGGGGCAGUGCAGAGAGGACAUGCAGGAGUACAUCGAAGGACUUAAGGAUAGGCUGCUAUGGGCUUUAAAGAGUGAGUUUGUUUAUAAGCUUUUAGUUAGUUUAAUAGAUCACCUUUUAUUCGAUUGA